AUGUAGGACCUUUAUUAAGUGACAAUUAAUUAUUUUACCAAGUUAGAAGAUUAACUCAAUACUAAGUAUAGUUAAUUUUAGUAGGAAUUACAAUAAUAAGUGGAGAUGGCCACAGAGAAGAAGAAGGAAUAUAAGGAGUAUUUGUAAAGGAUUUAAAAAUAAACACUUUCAGAAUAAAUGAAGGUUGAUGCCAAAGAGAUCAAAAUAGUAAAAAAGUUUGGAAUUAGAAAGACUAAGUAAAAAGCACCUCGUUGA